AUGGAAGGGAGGCACCCGGUUGUGCUGGGAAGUGCUGGAGGCAGCGGUAGCGGUCGUGGUGACAGUGUAGGGAGCCAACCAAGUCCCGGCCUACAGGGCCCCAGUGACCGUGACCGCAACCGUACCUCUAGCCAUGAUCGCACCUCCGUCCCUGUCCUUGCGGACGCUUCAGCAUUCUCCCGAGACGGCGGAGUCACCGCGCCGCUUUCGGUACCUGACCGCUCGGUUCAGAACACAGCGCAGGACUCGGCCACGAUCACGGUCAAGGCCGCGGUCAAGGCCACGACCCUCCCUUUUGCUGUCGAGUCCGCCCCUGUGCUUGCUCUGGCCAAAAUGCCAGCUAGCUUCUCCUCCUUCUCACUCGCCCCCUCACCCUCACCCUCCCCCUCACCUUCACCUUCAUUCACAGCCACAGCCACAACCACAUUCACCUCCACCGAUAACGGCAGCAGCAGCGGCAGCGGUAAUGAUAACUUCCGCCCCGCCGCCCGCCCUGCCGCCACCGUCAGAGCCGCCACCCCGGAGCCGGCUGAGGUUACGUUCGAUAUGUCUGCACCCAGCGGCAAUGCGGACUCCGCAGCCCUGCCACAGCGGCCCGGCUCAUUUCCCUCCAUCUCUCCCGAAACCUCGCCCCGGUCUAUGCCCGGUGCUGCCGGCCCUGUGAUGAGUAAGACGGCGCCUGCACCCAUUCCGGUUGGCAGCCCAUCUGGUCCCGUCACUGCAACUCCGUCCAGCCUCCCCACGCGACGCCAGGGCAUGGUGUUUGGAGAGGGUCUGGCCGGCUCUCUCGACAGCGCCUCGUCAAGUCCACCGUCACGGCCGUCCUUGUCGAAUUUUCGCCCCAGGACCCAUACUUUGGACAGUGCCUUCCGGCAGCAACUUGUGACCGAGAACCGUCACCGCAUCGGUUCAGUCUCAUCGUCCGGCUCGGUGGCUGUCGUAGAUGACUCGAGGCCUCUGCCCCAGCCGCACUUCAACUCGUAUGGGUCGUCAGACACUCACCACGUGGCAGCUGCGGCUGGACACAAGGAGAGAAAACUGUCAACGGCGAGGACCCGGCUCACCAAAAAACCUGCCGCCUCCCAACCACCUUCUCCCUUCUCAUCACCUCAGCCGUCAGUUGACUCCUUGCCGUUGCCUGUCCCUACGCGGGAUGCCAACAAUGUCUUGCUCUUGAUGAAAAACCUGUGCGGAAGGAUGCGCGGAGAGGCUCAGUACCUGAAAGACAUGGGAGGCCUAUGGUAUGGUGGUAUAUGUUAUAUAGAUGAGGAGAAGGGGAGCUUAGUGAGCGACUCGGGAGAGGGUAGCUCUUCUUCUUCUAUCUCCCUUUUGAUACCGGAUCUUCGUGGAUGUCGUGUACUUCCGCUCAGUCGGAUGGAGAGAGGCGGCCGGCCGUCGCUGGAGAUCACCAGUCCACAUCUCAAUCUCAGCAUCAUCUUGUGCCCUUCAGCGGUAGAAGAGUAUGAUCUGUGGCUGGCUGCCCUGCUGUGUUGGCAGCAGCUGCGGCCUUCCGGCACCAAGAACACCAUGACAAGAUCAGGGAGCAGCGUUGCUCUGCCACCGCUGAGGAGCGAGAUGCAGCGUCGGGCCUCCUCUUCCGGCCUACGGGAGGCUACCGUCAUCAAGGUCGGCAGAGUGAUGCUCUGGGACAAAGGCCUCGCCACCUCCCCACGGGCCAUUGUCAAACGUCCCUCUGCGCGAGACUUGCAAAUACCGCACAUGGCCUGGAAACGUGUUUCUUGCAUACUGUCAGACAACGGCGAACUCAAACUCAUGACAGAGCACGAUGUCUCGCUUCUGGCCAUGAUCGAAUUGUCUCAGCUGUCCAGGCUGCUUUUCGAGGCUUGGUUCGCCCUUCUCAGAGCCUUUGCGGUGCCUGAUCUAUAUGGGCUCGAUCCAACAAGCCGAGGACGUGUAUACGAGGUGACCAACCUCAACUCAGCACCCAAAGGAGAAGUUUUCAGAGUCGAAAAAACAGUCAAGGUUAGAGUCACCGAGGCAAGGCUACGGAGCCGAGCAUCUGCUCAAGAGGGAAACCUGACGGAGCGCCAAAACAAAAGUUUUGCAGACCCAGACACUACCGUCGGUAAUUACUUCGCCGAGGUCAUACUGGAUGGCGAGGUUCGAGGCCGGACAUCAAUCAAAUUCAACACCAAGAACCCCUUUUGGCGAGAGGAUUGCGAAUUUACGGAUCUUCCUCCCUCCUUACCUUACCUAUCGGUGGUUCUAAAACGGAUCGUGGGCAAUACCGAAAGCUUCAGUCACCAGCUUCAGGCCACUCUUGGCUUGCCCAAAACAGGCCAGCUGAGCGAGGCGUUGUGCGGUGCUGUCGACAUCCCUUUGCAUCUUCUGGAGCGUGGAAAAGAUCAUGAGCAGUGGCUCCAGGUGUAUGACGCACGACAGCAGUCGAUUGGAACAAUGCUUCUCAAGGUGCACCAUGAAGAGGUCGUCGUGUUGCAAUCCAGAGAAUAUCAGCCUCUUUCGGAGCUCCUACACCGCUUUGGGUCAGGGCUGACGACACAAAUAGCUGACGUGAUGCCUGGAAACCUACGGAAGCUCGCAGAAAUAUUCGUCAAUAUAUUCCAGGUUUCUGGAAAGGCAACAGAGUGGCUGGUGACCUUGGUAGAGGAAGAAAUUGACGCGAUAGGGAGCCAAACUGCCAGCAAGCAAUCGCGGUUCAACCAGCGGCUGAUGUCAAAUGACUCGAUCGCUUCCACGGACAAAAUGUGGCAGACGGUUCAGGACAUGAGCAGGACGCUCCCGGGCGAGGCGAGCUUGCUGUUCAGGGGAAACUCAUUGUUGACACAGGCCUUUGAAAUUUACAUGCGACGCUUAGGCAAAGAAUAUCUGGAGGAGACUCUGGCAGAAAAGAUACGUGACAUCAACGAGCUCGACCUUGAUUGCGAAGUUGACCCGAGUAGGAUGCAGAACGGCGAUGAUAUUCAACAACAUUGGGCGAAGCUAAUUGAGCUGACCAGCGCUGUCUGGCGCUGUAUCGCAUCGUCCGCGCAUCGUUUGCCGUCGGAGAUCCGUCACGUACUGAAAUAUAUACGGGCUGUUGCAGAGGAUCGCUAUGGCCACUUUCACCGCACUGCUACUGCAGUUUAUACUUCGGUGUCCGGAUUUCUCUUCCUCCGCUUCCUCUGCCCAGCUAUCCUUAACCCAAAACUUUUCGGCCUCUUGCGCGACCACCCCAAACCGCGUGCACAACGCACCCUGACUCUCAUCGCCAAGACCAUCCAGGCUCUAGCCAACCUCAACAUCUCCAGCAAGAAGGAGACAUGGAUGGAGCCAAUGACUGAGUUUCUCCAAAAACAGCGCCAGCCAUUCAAGGAUUUUGCUGACGCCGUGUGCGCCAUUCCGGCCGAAAGUACCAGCACCAGCGUGCCUGCUCCCUACUCGACCCCCCUAACGAUUCUGGGCCGCUUAUCACCCCUCGCUCGCGAGGGUUUCCCUUCGCUCCCUUACCUGGUCGAUCAUGCGCGUAACUUUGCGGCUUUAGCCAAACUGUGGGCUAAAGUCCAUCCCGAGUCAGACUGGGACUCUUCCAACUGCGAAGGCGACCUACUUCAUUUCCAUCGUCUAUGCACUACGCUCCACCAACGCGCAAUGCAUUGCUUCUCGCACAUGGAGACUCGCCGAAGCGCUGGUGAAACUACCAGCAGGCCACCGGAUGAGCGGCUUCGUCUCUCUGAUGCACUGGACAACUUGAGUUAUGGCGAUGUCCUCGGUUUGUCUGCGCACGGCAACGCUACUGGGAUCUUCUGGAUAGACGGUGGGAGCAUAGCGCCCGGCUCCUCAGGUAGUGAGAUGGAUGGGCCUGUUAUGGGAGGUGGCAGCAGCAGCAGCAUUAGCAGCAGGGACAUAAGGAACGCCUCGAGCGCUAUACGGCAAGGUUCUAAGAGCAGCGAGCAGCUGUCGUCCAUGCCGGGCGGAAGUGUGAAGGGGCUGCGCAAUGGAAUGCAGGCACCACGAAAAUUCCUUACAGGAUUUAUUCGCAAGACAAGAACGGCUUCACCCGAGUUUGGCAACGGAGGUAGUAAAGAGAAUGGCCGAGAGCGGGACCGAGGCGCGGAACGAGAGAAAGACGGUAAAGAAAAGCAUCCAGGCAAAGACGCCAGGGCGUCUUCAGGUAAAUCCCAAGGGGAUCGCCAUCACACGGCUCACCAACACUGGCACGAGAAGGGAAUUUGA